AUGGCAGAUGACUGCGAGAUGAUAGGAGUAAAGAAGUUUUUUGGAAGCCAUGUUGAUGAGAGCAGGUGUGUGCUGAAAAAGACGGCGUUUGAUUUUGUGGUGCAAGAAAUAACAGCAUGCAGGAUUUGUGGGGUGUCACCGAUUGUUGACUAUGAAAAGUAUGUGUCUGGUAAAAUGGCAGCAGAGAGUGUUGGGCAGGAGGAAUGCGAGAGAGUGAAGCGAACAGAAGUUCAUAGGAUAUUGAAGUACUAUCCUUUUGUAAAGGCGAAGACUGUUGAUGGACGGAUAUGCAUUGAAGAGACAGAUGUUGAUUUCUACUCGUUUGUUAUGCAGAAGGUGAUGUUCAAUACGAUUGAUGCAGGAAAGUGGAUAUGCAGAAGGCUUGGAGUUUCGUCCACGCUGUUUCAGUUUGCAGGCAAUAAGGACAAAAGGGCGGUCACAUUCCAGGAGGUGACAGUCAAAUGCUCGUUUAUGAAGCUUUAUGGGCUUGCAGUUGAACUAAACAAGAGUCCAAAUGUGGUUGGGUGGGAAGAGUAUAUUGAGCAAGGAUACACAAAGCAAGGCAUUGAGGAAAGUAACACAAAAAUGGCAGCAGAAAUGUUGAUGAAUGCAAAGAAAAGUGUGGAGGCGAAAGAAUAUAUGGUUGGAUCAACCAAGAUAUGCGGCAAGGGGCAAGAGGAUAAUGAAUGUGAUGGAAAUGCAGAAGAUGGAGGCAUAGCUACACACGCGAAUGAAAUGCAGAAAUAUGAAGACAGUUGUAUGGAUGCGGAUUGCGAUGAAAGGUUGAAAUCUUCAAUAAGGAUAUUUGGGAUACGAAAGUCGUUUUCUAAGAAGAUAGGAGAUCUGAACGGAAACCGGUUCAGGGUAGUUGUGAGAGGAUUUACAGACAAGCAUGCAGUAAAGAGGCUUGGAGAAGGAUUUUUGAAUUAUUUUGGACAGCAAAGAUUUGGAAAUAAGCUGAUGAACCAUGUUAUAGGGCAGUAUAUUCUCGAGAAGAAGUAUGAUGAGGCGGUUGAUGAGAUAAUGAAGUGCGGAAAGUGCUAUGAGAUGUAUGCUUCAGGAAGAUACGAAGAGCCGAUGGAUAUUGGAGACAGCACUGAGAAAUACAUUUUGAAAUCGAAAGCAAAAGGAAUGAAAGCAAAGGAUAUAGUGUUUGGAAUGAGGCGAGAGCUAAGGAUGUUGUAUCUGCAUUCGUGCCAGAGCAGAAAGUUUAAUGAUGCGAUAAACGAAAGGAUUGAAAAGGGCAAGAAUGUUUUGAGAGGGGACUUGGUAUUAGCAGGAGAUGAGGUUAUAGAAGUGCAAAAUCCUGAGGACUUCAAGAUUACAGAUGUGGUUUUGAGGCUUGAGAAGAUGGAUAACAAACUACUGAAGGGGGGGUUCAGGAAGAUGGUUGAGACAGCGUAUGACAUUGAUAUUGAUGUGGAUGAUGCCGAGGGAAACAUUGUGAUAAAAUUUUCUCUCAAAAGUUCUUGCUAUGCAACUAUGGCGCUUAGAGAGGUUAUUGGGAAUUCAGUGAUGAAUCGUGUAAAAGUAUAA